AUGACAUUUACCCACACCCCAACCCAGCUGACCCUCUUGUGGCUCGCUUUCUCCCUCCCCGCCGUGACCUGGGACUUUUUUUAUGUCAUAUUCCGGCCUCACACAAUGCCUGGCGGGUCCAUACACUCGCCCUUCUGGGUACCCUACGCGCUCUACGGCGAGGUGGACGGCAACUACGGCUGGAAGCAGUGGCACGCCGGGUCUGGGUUCCCGGCUGCACAGAGCUGGAUGAACGCCAUCGAGACGGCCAUGUACCUCGUGUAUGCUUGGAUUUGGUGGACGAGUAAAGAUCAGGUUACUGGGGAGAUUAGGGGAAAAAGGGCGGCGGCGGCGGUGUUGACUGGUUUUGCGGCCGGGGUUAUGACCGAGAGCAAGACUGUGCUGUAUUGGCUGAAUGAGAUUUGUUCGGGGUAUGAGAAUAUUGGGCAGAACGAUCUCUUUAGGCUGGUGGUUCUUUGGGUGGUGCCGAAUGGGCUGUGGCUUGUUUUUCCGGCGACGCAGUUUAUUUAUGGGUUUGGGAAGGAGAUCAUUGAUGGGCUUGCUGGUGCUGAGACUGAAGACGAGCCAACGUACAGCGAGGUGGUGAAAAAUGGGUCCGAGAAGAAGGAGCUCUGAGGGCGAGGGUUGUGCAAUGGCUUGGUGAACCGUGGGAGAUGUAGCGGGAAAAUACGAACGAGAAACGGGAAGCUGCGUUGCCUUUACCAACAUCGAGACCGGCGUGUUCCGAAUUGUGUGAGACUAGAUUCCACCCACACCAGGACCACAGCGAGUUGACAGACCCCGACUUCUCUGUAAACGACGAUGCUGAAGGCCGCAUAUCACGGCCUCCAUCAUUCUCAACCGCCCCCAGCACGAGGUACACCUCCAGAAUCUCAAUCAGCCACCUCUCCCUCGACUCCAAUCCACGUUUCGCAUCAAACCAGAUUGUGUCCCUUGCGGCCUGGGUGACCACAUCUCUUGUACAUGGCUCGAGCUCAGCCAGUUUCAACACUUGGUACGCAUCAAUCGUCACCGUUGCCGUCCCCCCGCCCAGCUCAUUUUCGACAUCACCCUGGAAGUAACGUCUGGUUAUGUCGGGGUUCUUUGACAGCAGUCGGAGACAAAACUGCUCAAAGAGGUUGAACUGAACAAUGUACUGCAGUAACGGACAAAACGGCAUCGUGAUCGCCGCCCACCUCGUCGCGGCCAAAUUCUGCCGACGGCUAUCCACCAAGAGUAGGGAUUCAAGCAGCUCGUCCCGGCUGAGGGGUUUUAGAUCGAUGUUGGUCAAGAACGGCCGGUCAUAGCCGAUUUUGUGCCGCCACAGCCGGUUGGCCAUGACCGAGUUGACGAUGCAAGGGAUCAGCACUACAUAAGCCCACCACUGCGUUGCCGCAGCGAGGGACAUGGCACCUGCUAUCAGACCAGGUAGCCCGUUGAGCAGGAAGUGGAUGCGCAGGUAAUUGGCUCUGGUGGAGACCAUGUGUUCGAGGCGGUCGCCUACAUAGGAACGUCCUGGGGGAAAGUCGGAAUAGAGAGAUGAGGCGAC